AUUUUAAUAUGCAGCUAAACGAAUUUAAGAAUUGCGACUUAUAUAAAUAGAUCUUGGAAAAGAUUUCGAGUACCACUACAUUUGCUUAGCAGCGGGAAGAUGAAUUCCUUCAUAGCUGCUAUAUUCAUUUUCAGCCUUUGCAUUGCAGUAUCUCUUGGAGAACACUCUAAUGGAAAAUGUAAAGGAUCGUGCUUGCAGGAAGGACAAAAGCAAAACGAUGAAAAUAGAUCAGAAGAAAACUAUAACCACAACAAAAGCGGUGAGCAUCGAAUAAGGCAUGGAGAAAGCAAGAGAAAUAAGCAAAGAGAUGGACACGAAGAUCAGAGUAAAGAUCAGAAGAAGGACAAACACUCAGGAGAAAGCAGAGAAAGUGAGUCGAAACAUGGAGAUAGGCUAAGGCGUGAACGUAAGGUAGAAAAUGAAGGUGAAAGAACGGAAAAGGGUAAAAGUAAAUAUGAAGAUGGAAACAGGACAGGAAAUAUAAAAGAAAGUAAUCACAAACGUGGCAAUUACAAGGAAACUAAACAAAAAAGUAAACAUGAUAAUCAUCGAAGUAACCAAAGAAAAGUAAAAGAAGAAACACGCAGAAACAGACAAAAAGAUCAACAUGGAAAUGUACGCAGAGGUGAAACUAGAAAUGAAAUGAGUAGAAAUGAUAAAAUAAGAGAACGUAACACAGAUGGGAAGAAGGACCGAACUAAUUACAGUAGCACAGAUGAACAUAAAGGAAAAAGUGGGCAGAAACAUGGACGCAGAGAGAGAGAUAUACAAAAUGAAAAAGAUAACGACGAGCGUAGAGACAGAGAUAGAAGAAGAGACAGCGAUCGUAAAGAAUAUGGAAACAGAGAAACACGCAGGAAUGACGUUGAACGUAGAGACGAGGAUGAAAGCAAAGACAGAUAUGAGAGCAGAGACCGAGAUGGACACAGCAAAGAAAAAAAACGAAGAGGAAGAUAUGAACGUGGAGACAGAUAUCGUGAUGAAAAUACGGGUAGAAAUAGACGUACCGAUGACGACGAGAGAAUAAACAAAGAUGGAAAGAGAGGUAAUUAUGGACGCAGGGAAAGGAGAACACAUGAAGACAAAAAUGGGCGCAGAGACGAGGAAGAACGUGGAGACCGAGAACGUGAUGAAACUAGAGGCAAAGGUAAGAACAUAGAUGACGACAGACGCAGAGAAAGAAGUGGAAGCAGAGACAGAGAUGGACGCAAAGACCGAAAUGAAUAUGAAGAGAGAGAUGGACGCAGAGGCAAAGACGAACGUGAAUGCAGAGGUCGUGAGGAAAAUAGAGACAGAGAGAGACGCUCAGAUGACGACGAACGUAGAAACAAAGGUCGAAGAGAAGACAGAUAUCAACAUGGAGACAAGGAUGAACGCAGAGAUCGAAAUGAACGGGACGAAUAUAGAGACAGAGAAAGACGCGUAAACGACGAUGAACCAAGAGAGAAAAGUGGAAACGGAGACGAAGAUGGAAGAAAAGCACGGGAUAAUCGAGAAAACAGAAAUGAAAGCAAAGAGAGAUAUGAAAAGGGAGAUAGAGAAGGACGUGGAAGCAGAGAUGGACGUGGAAACAGAGAAGGACGUGAAGACAGAGAAGAACGUGGAGAUAGAGAUGGAAGCAGAAACAAAGAUGGGCGCAGAGAAAGAUAUGAACGUGACAACAGAGGUAGCCGCAGAGACAGAGACGAACGAGAGGACACAGACAGCGGCAGAGGCAGAGGGGAACGUGAGGACAGGGACAGCCUUAGAGGCAGAGAUGAACGUGGAGGCGAAGAUCGUGAUGGAAAUGAAGACAGAGGUAGAUGCACAGAUGAUGACAAACGUAAAGACAGACGUGGAAGUAGAGACAUAGAUGGACGCAGAGACAACGGUGAAAGCAGAUACAGAGAAGAACGCAGAGAAAGUGCUGAACGUGAAAACAUGGGACGUGAUGAAUAUAGAUACAGAGGUAAAAGCACAUAUUACGACGAACGAAGAAACAGAAAGGGAAGCAAAGACAGAGAUGGUCGCAAAGAAAGAGAUGAACGUGGAGGCAGUGGCAUGAGUAAAAAUGGACGCAGCAACAGAGGUGAACGUGAAGAAAGAGGUCGUGAUGUAAAUAGAAACAGAGGUAGGCGCGCAGAUGACGAUGAGCAAAAAGAGAGGAGUGGAAGCAGAAAUAGAGAUGAACGUAGAGAAAGGGAUUCACGUGAAGACAGAGAUGAACGCAGAGAAAGAGAUGAACGUGGAGGUAGAGAUGAACGAAUAGGCCGAGAUGGACGCAGUGACAGAGAUAGGUGCAGAGACAGAGAUGAACGCGAAGACAGAGGUCGUAAUGAAAAUAGAGACAGAAGUAGGCGCACAGAUGACGAAGAACGAAGAGACAGAAGUGAAAGCAACGAUAGAGAUGGACGCAAAGAUAGGAAUGCACGUGAAGGCAGAGAUGGACGCAAAGAAAGAAAUGAACGUGAAGGCAAAGAUGGACGAAUGGGCAAAAAUCGUCGCAGUGACAGUGAUGGACGCAGAGAUAGAGAUGAACUUGAAGAUAGAGGUCGUGAAGAAAAUAGAGACAGAGGUAGAAGAACAGAUGACGACGAGCGAAGAGAGGGGAGUGGAAGCAGAAAUAGAAAUGGACGCAGAGAAAGAGAUGAACGUGAAGGUACAGAUGAACGAAUAGGCAGACAUGGACGCAGUGACAGAGAUGGACGCAGAGACAGAGACGAACGAGAAGAUAGAGGUCGUGAAGAAAAUAGAGACAGAGGUAGGCGAACAGAUGACGACGAGCGAAGAGAGGGGAGUAGAAGCAGAGAUAGAGAUUACCGCAGAGAAAGGAAUACACGCAAUGAAAGAGAUAAACGUGGAGGCAAAGAUGGACGUAUGGCCAGAAAUGGAAGCAGUGACAGUGAUGGGCGCAGAGACAGAGAUGAACGUGAAGAUAGAGAUCGUGAAGAAAAUAGAGACAGAGGUAGGCGAAUAGAUGACGACGAGCGGAGAGAGGGGAGUGGAAGCAGAAAUAGAGAUGGACGCAGAGAAAGAGAUGAACGUGAAGGUACGGAUGAACGAAUAGGCCGACAUGGACGCACUGACAGAGAUAAGCGCAGAGACAGAGAUGAACGCGAAGACAGAGGUCGUAAUGAAAAUAGAGACAGAAGUAGGCGCACAGAUGACGGGGAACGAAGAGACAGAAAUGAAAGAAACGAUAGAGAUGAACGCAAAGAAAGGGAUGCACGUGAAGACAGAGAUGGACGCAAAGAAAGAAAUGAGCGUGAAGGCAAAGGUAGACGCAUGGGCAAAAAUCGUCGCAGUGGCAGUGAUGGACGCAGAGACAAAGAUGAACGUGAAGAUAGAGGUCGUGAAGAAAAUAGAGACAGAGGUAAGCGCGCAGAUGAUGACGAGCAAAGAGAGGGGAGUGGAAGCAGAUAUAUUGAUGAGCGCAGAGAAAGGAAUGCACGCUAUGAAAGAGAUGAACGUGGAGGCAAAGAUGGGCGUAUGGGCAGAAAUGGACGCAGUGACAGUGAUGGACGUAGAGACAGAGAUGAACGUGAAGAUAGAGGUCGUGAAGAAAAUAGAAAGAGGGGUAGGCGAACAGAUGACGACGAGAGAAGAGAGGGGAGUGAAAGCAGAGAUAGAGAUGAGCGCAGAGAAAGGGAUGCACGCAAUGAAAGAGAUGAACGUAGAGGCAAAGAUGGACGUAUGGGCAGAAAUGGGCGCAGUGACAGAGAUGAACGUGGAGACAGAGGUCGUGAUGCAAAUAGAGACAUAGGUAGGAGAAGAGAUGACGACGAACAAAGAGAGAGAAGUGGAAUUAGAGAUAGAGAUGACCGCAGAAGAGAUGCACGUGAAGACAGAGACGGGAGUAGACAAAGAAAUGAACGUGGAGGCAGAGAUGAAAGCAGAGAUACUGAUGAACGUGGUGACCGAAAUCGUGAUGAAUACAGAAACAGAGGUAGACGCAUGGACAGGAGUGAAAGGAACGAAAGAAAAAAUAAAGGAAUGCACAGAGGUGAACAGAAAUUUAGAGAAGAAAGCGAAGACAGUAAUAGAGAUAUGGACAGAAAUGGACACAGAGAAGGUAGAUAUAAAAGAGAUAAAGAACAUGUCGGUGCAAAUCGAGCACUGCAUUGGAUUAUACCUAAAGACAUGCAUCAAAAAGGCAACGGAGCCAUGCAGGGGGGUAGAAGCAGAUAUGUUGGCAAAUACAGUGGAAGAUCUGAUGGAAAUUCAAACAAAAAUUCGAACAAAAAUAAAGAAGGUUCAUCCAGUCAAGAAAUGAAAAACGAAAGUAGUGGAGCAAUGGCGAAUGCAUCAAGUACAUCUCAAGCAGCUUCAACCAGCGGAGAUACAGGUAAUGGUUUUGGAGCAGGGUCUACUAAUGGGUUGGGACGUGAUCUCGAAAAUGUAAAUAGUGGAGCAGCCCAAAGUGCAACAAAUGGAGGAACACCGAACGGAAAUAGUGGAGGAGCUGAAAAUCCAAGCGGAGGAGUAACCGGAGGUAUGAUUAACAGUGCAGGUGGAGGAGCAAUACUAUCCUAGUCAUUUUGAUGUUUGUACAAAUCCCAUAAUCACUCGAUCGUUUUGUUACUUUUAUAAAGACAUAAAUAAAAUACCUUUUUGUAAGA